AUGGCCAACUCUCCUCACGGCGGUGUCCUCAAGGACUUGCUCGCCCGGGACUCGCCUCGCCAUGCCGAGCUUUCUACCGAGGCCGAGACCCUCCCGGCGCUGCUCCUCAGUGAGCGCCAGCUUUGCGAUCUCGAGUUGCUACUAAACGGCGGUUUCUCGCCAUUGGAAGGUUUCAUGACCGAGCAGGACUACAAUGGAGUCGUCAAGGAGAACCGCCUCGCCAGUGGCGCGCUCUUUAGCAUGCCCAUCACCCUGGACGUAGACCAGGCGACCAUCGACGAGCUUUCCCUCAAGGCCGGCGCCAGGAUAACGCUGCGCGAUUUCCGCGACGACCGCAACCUUGCCAUCCUCACCGUCGAGGACGUUUACAAGCCCGACAAGGCAUUGGAAGCCAAGGAGGUCUUUGGAGGUGACGAGGAACACCCAGCCGUCCAGUAUCUUUACAAGACCGCCAAGGACUUUUACGUGGGCGGCAAGCUCGAGGCUGUCAACAGGCUGCAGCACUAUGACUUUGUCGAGCUGCGAUACACCCCCUCCGAGCUUCGUGCUCACUUUGACAAGCUCGGUUGGGCCAAGGUGGUCGCUUUCCAGACCAGGAACCCGAUGCACCGCGCCCACAGAGAGCUGACGGUCCGCGCUGCUCGAUCCCACCACGCCAAUGUCCUCAUCCACCCCGUCGUCGGUCUGACGAAGCCCGGCGACAUCGAUCACUUCACCCGCGUCCGCGUGUACAAGGCCCUCCUCCCCAGAUAUCCGAACGGCAUGGCCGUUCUCGGCCUGCUACCCCUCGCCAUGCGCAUGGGUGGCCCUCGCGAGGCCAUUUGGCACGCCAUCAUCCGUAAGAACCACGGUGCCACGCACUUCAUCGUCGGCCGUGACCACGCCGGCCCCGGCAAGAACAGCAAGGGAGUCGAUUUCUACGGGCCGUACGAUGCCCAGUAUGCCGUCGAGAAGUACCGCGACGAGCUCGGUAUCGAAGUGGUUCCCUUCCAGAUGAUGACGUACCUCCCCGACAGCGACGAGUACGCGCCCGUCGACCAGAUCCCCCAGGGCGUCCGGACGCUCAACAUCUCCGGCACAGAGCUGCGUGCGCGGCUGAGGAGCGGCCGUGAGAUCCCCGAGUGGUUCUCGUAUCCCGAGGUCGUCAAGGUGCUCAGGGAGUCGCACCCGCCGCGGUCGCAGCAGGGUUUCACCAUCUUCCUGACGGGCUACCAGAACAGCGGAAAGGACCAGAUCGCGAGAGCGCUCCAGGUCACCUUGAACCAGCAGGGCGGCCGUUCCGUGUCCCUGUUCCUGGGCGAGACGGUCCGCCACGAGCUGUCCUCCGAGCUCGGCUUCAGCCGCGAGGAUCGCGAUAAGAACAUUGCCCGCAUCGGCUUUGUGGCCUCGGAGCUGACGAGGUCCGGCGCUGCCGUCAUCGCCGCGCCGAUCGCCCCCUUCGAGCAGGCCAGGCAGUCUGCCCGCGAGCUGGUGGAGAAGUACGGUGACUUCUACCUCAUCCACGUCGCGACCUCGCUCGAGUACUGCGAAAAGACGGACAAGCGGGGCAUCUACAAGAAGGCCCGCGCAGGCGAGAUCAAGGGCUUUACCGGCGUCGACGACCCGUACGAGGCGCCUGCCAAGCCUAACCUUGUGGUCGACGCAGAGACGCAGUCUGUGCGGUCCAUCGUGCACCAGAUCAUUCUGCUACUCGAGAGCCAGGGUCUCCUAGACAGAUUCUAG